CAUUUCUCACUCCUCACUCUCACUCUCACAGUCUCACUCAUUCAUUUCUCACUCUCGCGCCACCGUCCCUUCUCUCUCUGUUCGCCGCCACCGUCCCUUCUCUCUCUGUUCUCCGCCACCGUUCUCCACCACUGUUCUCCGCCAUCGUUCUCCGCUAUCGUUCUCCGCCGUCGCAGUUCAUCUCUCUUUGGAAAUCGUCCCUCUCCCUCGGCACCAUCGUUCUCCGCCACCUUCGAUUUAUUCGAUCUCUUCACACUGAAGUUUUGGGUCCUUCUACCACCAGCUUCUGGAGUAUCUUCAACCUAACAAAGAUUCUUGGUGUGAUGGAUAAAUCAUGGAUUAAAAAGCCACGCAACACACUUGAGUAUCAUCGAGGAUUAAAUGGUUUUUUAGACUUUGCCUUUGAACACAGUUCUUCUGAGGGUACAAUUAUAUGUCCGUGUGAUAAAUGUGGUUUUAGGAAGUGGAAGACUCGACCAGAAGUCUUUGACCACUUAAUAUGUAAACUGUUUCCCGAAACUUACACAUUCUGGUGUGACCAUGGGGAGACUUUAUUGGGGGAAUCAGUUUCUGGUCCGCCUAUUAUUCAAGAGAGCAUUGUAGAUGAAAAUGUUAUGCCACAUACAGUAAUUGAAGACCCAAUGCAGAAUAUGUUAAAGGAUGCUUUUGGAUUUUCUAGAAUGGAUGAUAAUGAAGAACACUCUCCAUCAUCAACAGAACAUGGUGAUGAAGGUGGAGGAGGCAUGCCUGAACGACAAUAUGGGGCAAGUGGUGCUAAAGAAUUUUAUGAUUUACUUCAAGAUGGAGAGCAACCAUUGUAUGAAGGAUGUACAAAGUUCUCAAAAUUGUCCUUCUUGGUGAAAUUAUAUCACAUUAAGUGUUUGUGUGGAGUUAGUGACAAAGCAAUGGAUAAUCGAAGAAUGACGCUUAUGAAGCGAUAUGUGCUGAGAUUGUUCACAUCAUUGAAGUACAUUACUGCCAACGUGGUAGACAGAAACAACGGACGAAUUGUAGCGACAUCGUCCACAGUAGAACACGCCAUGAAAGAGUCACUCGAGUGUGGCCGGUCCUGCAAUGCAAAAGCAGCUGCUAUUGUUGGGGAGGUAUUGGCCAGGAGGCUGAAAGUUGAGGGGCUCAAUGAAGGAGAAGGAAGAGGUAUUCAUGUGAAUGUAAAGAAAGAAGUGGAGAAGAAAGGAUUUAAGAACCAAACCAAGAUUUGGGCUGUUGUAAAUGCUCUUAAGAACAAUGGAGUUAAACUAGUCCUUGAUGAUGAAGAUGAUACCAAUAGUUCUUGGCCUAAUUCAUAAGGUUGGAAUGAAGUGAGUCUUGUGCCAAGUACAUAUUUUUGUAAUUUAAAAUAAAAUGGACGUACUGUUUUACUUUA